GACAGGCCGGAGCACUCGUCUCCUAGAGGAGGCGGCAUCGAUCUGACCCUCGGCCUCUGAGUCCCAGUGUCCCCCAAACAUGAGCGCCUCAAGAGACAAAGGGAAUUCCAACCUAACUCGCCAGGUCCAAGACAUGACACUGAGGCCCAUGCAUAUCCGGGAGAAAGAGAGGAGUCAGCUCAGAACAGUAAUGAAGAAAUUGUCAAUCCUAAAGAUGCUGAAGGGCUCGGAUCGCCGCAUUCUGCGACUGCACAAUUUAGCGAAGAGCUGUUGGAAAUCACUGCUCAAUAUUCCCAAGUUCCUCUGCACCGCCUCUGGGAAAAGAAUCUCCUUCAUACACAAGAAACCAGAGGAGAAAGACUUGAAGAAGCCCUCACCCAAGGCGGGCGAGAGUCUGCCCGAGGACAACGAGGCAACCCACCUGGAGACGAAGUCUGCCGCCGCCGCCGCCGCCGCCGCCAUCCAAGCCCCCCUGGUUAUCCCCCAGCCCCCAGGACUGGAACUGGCCCGGGCCCAGGCCCUGGAGUCGUGGCCCUGGUUCCAGGGUCUGCCCCAGCGGGUCAAUUUGCCCGCCCCCCGGGUACUCUGCAGACCCUCCGCCCUGCGCUGGGUGAAACGGUGCUGUACCCGUUCUUGCUCAGCAUCGCUGGAGAAGCCGAGAUCCUCUCGUACCCAACGUUACGGCUACGGGCCCGACUCCUCCUUUCGAAAAUGAACCGAAGCCGCUGAAAGAAGACAAUAGUGAGCGGGAUGGAAAGGACAUAAUGCUACUAAUUAAUCUCCCAUAUAAAGGUUCUUGGGGAGCC